AUGGGUAGUGUUGAAGAGUCUCAUGCUAUCCGCAUAAACCCGUCCUCAUCUCACGCCUUUGCGAAGUCGAUUCUUUUAUCUUACGGCAUACCAACAGACAGAGCGGAUAUAGUUGCAGAUGCACUUGUGCUUGCCGACCUCCGCGGUGUCGAUUCACACGGAAUCAACCGUCUGCCCAGCUAUAUCGCCCGAAUCAAAGCUGGUGUAUUGGCUACUGACCCUGUCUUGGAAUUUGAGUACAAAACACCUGUGCUUGCGAUUUUAGAUGCAAAGAACACCUUUGGAUUUGUUGCCGGUUCUCUAGCAAUUGAUGAAGGAAUCAAAAUUGCCUCGACUUAUGGUUUGGCUGUUGUUGGAGUGAAGCACAGCAAUCACUAUGGUAUGGCAUCGACAUAUAUUCUCCGUGCUGUUCAACAAGGAUUUGCGGCCUUUGCUUUCACGAAUGCAAGCCGUUCUAUGCCUCCUUGGGGAGGAAAGGAGCCACUAUUUGGCACAAGUCCGUUUGCAGUCGGUGUUCCUGGUGGUCAAGCAGGAAAUUUUGUUCUUGACAUGAGCCCGAGUGUCGCAGCCCGUGGUAAGAUUCGGAAAGCUGCGCGACGAGGGGAAUCUAUUCCGGAAGGUUAUGCUUUAGAUAAGGAUGGCAAACCAACAACUGAUGCCCAAGCCGCAUUAGAUGGUGUGGUUCUUCCAAUUGGUGGGCCAAAGGGCAGCGGUCUGGCCAUGAUGAUGGACAUAUUCGGGGGUCUUUUAACUGGUGCUGCUUUUGGAGGGGACGUGGUUGACAUGAACAAGGACGCGAAUACACCACAGAACGUUGGCCAUUGGUUUCUAGUUUACCGACCAGAAACGUUUCUGGGCAGCAAAGAGGAAUUGCAUGCCCGCAUGGACAAGUUGCUGGACAGGACUAGAAAAUGUGAAAAAGCCGAUGGCUUUGAGAGAAUCUACGUGAGUGGAGAAAUAGAGGCAGAGCGCGAGAUGGAGAACAGAAAGAUGGGCAUCCUUUAUACACAAGGUGAGAUUGAGGCACUACAUCAACUCGCCAAAGAGAUCGGAUCAAAAUCAAUGCUGGAGCCAAUGAUAUAA